CUUUCCGGUGUUCGCUGAGGUCACUUGUUGUCUGAUAAAUAGCGUCGCCGCGAUUAAUCAUGGGUCAGAAACGGCAACGCGAUGCCAAGGGCGCGGAUGCCCAGGCGAAGAAGCAGAAGAAGAACGCCAAUGCGGACGCCGACAGCGGUGUUGUCACCGUGAAUGACCUCAACUGGAAGGAGGUCGCGCUACCCGACCGGAUGGAGGAUGCCGGAGGAUUCUUCGGCUUGGAGGAAAUCGACGGUGUGGAGGUCGUCAAGGGAAGCGGUGAGAUCAGAUUCAAGGCUGCGGCUGGCAAACCGGGCAAGUCGAUUCUGAAGAAAAAGACCGCAGAGGAGCAAGAGGAAGAAGCCAAGUUCGACGACGAGUGGGCCGGGUUCAGCGAUAACGAGACCACGGACAAGCCCGAGCCCCCAACUACGGACGAGCCGAACGGCGAACAAGACGAGACCGCGGCCCCAGCGAAGGACAAAAAGCAGGAAAUCAAGGACAAGAGAAAAGAGAAGAGAGACAAGAAGCGUCAGGAGGCCAAAGAAGCAAGGAAGCAGAAGGCCGAGCCGAAACAAAAGGGUACCCCGAAUCAAGAGGACAAAAGCAUCAAGUCCGGUCUCUCCUUUGCAGCUCUCGAGGAUGAGGAAGACGAUAAUGGUGUUGAUAUCUCUGAAUGGGAGACUUUGGGGCUUUCUCCGGAGGUGCUCACCGGUCUUUCCAAGAUGAAUUUCUCUACGCCCACUCUGGUUCAGAAGUCCUGCAUUCCUCCGAUUCUGGACGGUCAUGACGUGGUAGGAAAGGCAUCGACGGGUUCCGGAAAGACCUUGGCUUUUGGUAUCCCGAUUCUUGAGCACUAUCUAGAGAACAAGCGCACGCAACUACGCAAUGGCAGCCAAAAGAAGAAGGAAGACACGGAUCCUAUCGCUCUUAUCCUUUCGCCCACUCGCGAACUCGCCCAUCAGUUGGCAAAGCAUAUUGGUGAUUUGAUUCAGCAAGCACCGGGUGCCAAUGCGCGUAUCGCCCUCCUUACCGGAGGUCUGUCUUUGCAGAAACAGCAGCGCGUAUUGACCGGUGCAGAUAUCGUCAUCGGUACGCCUGGUCGAGUAUGGGAGGUUAUGAGCACGGGCCAGGGCAUGAUCCGCAAGAUGCAGCGUAUCAAGUUCCUUGUGAUUGACGAGGCUGACAGACUGCUCAGUGAAGGUCAUUUCAAGGAAGCGAACGAGAUUAUCACUACUCUUGACCGCGUGGUGGAUGGAGACUUCGACACCGAAGAGAAAGAAGAGAAGGGAGAAGACAAGAUGGAGAGACAGACCCUGGUGUUCUCCGCAACUUUCCAUCGGGAUCUGCAACAGAAACUUGCUGGUAAAGGACGUUGGUCAGGAGGCGAUAUUAUGGACAAGAAGGAGUCCAUGGAAUAUCUUCUGCAGAAGCUGAACUUCCGGGAAGAGAAGCCCAAGUUCAUUGAUGUGAACCCUGUCUCGCAGAUGGCAGAAGGCCUUAAGGAAGGAAUUGUUGAAUGCGCGGCGAUGGAAAAGGACCUCUUCCUCUACACGCUACUUCUCUACCACCCCAAGCACCGCACCCUGGUCUUUACCAAUUCCAUCUCGGCUGUUCGUCGUCUCACACAGUUCCUUCAGAAUCUCCAACUCCCCGCUCUGGCCCUUCACUCCUCGAUGGCGCAAAAGGCACGUCUGCGUUCCGUGGAACGCUUCUCGUCUCCCACCUCCGACCCCAGCUCGAUCCUAGUAGCCACCGACGUUGCCGCGCGUGGUCUCGAUAUCAAGGGAAUCGACUUCGUCAUCCACUACCAUGCUCCCCGCGCCGCCGACACUUACGUACACCGUUCCGGACGUACGGCUCGUGCCGGUGCCUCUGGAAAGAGUGUUCUCAUCUGUUCACCCGAGGAGAUGCAGGGUGUCAUCCGUCUGGCGGCCAAGGUGCACGCCAACAUGGCAAAUGGCAAGAAGGUGCCUCUCGAAUCUCUAGAGCUAGAUCGCCGGGUUGUCGGCCGUGUCAAGCCUCGAGUCAAGCUGGCAGCUAAAAUCGCGGACUCCACCAUUGCCAAAGAGAAGAUCUCCGCCGAGGACAACUGGCUACGGAACGCCGCAGAAGACCUAGGCGUUGAAUACGAUAGUGAGGAAUUCGACGAGUCUGCGGGUCGGGGUCGGGGCCGUGGUCGCGGCCGUCAGGAACGGCAGCGCAAGGCUGGAGAGGUCAGCAAGGGUGAGAUGGCGAGCAUGAGGGCGGAGCUGAGGGAGUUGCUGUCGCAGCGCGUGAACGUGGGAGUGAGUGAGCGGUAUCUCACGUCGGGACGGGUCGAUGUCGAGGCCUUGCUGCGUGGCGAGGGCAAUAGUUCGUUCUUGGGGCAGGUGGAUGCGCUGCAGUUCUGA